AUGGCAAGGUGCACUGGUUAUCAAACUUCUGCAAUCUUGAUUUUCGUGAUUGCAACAAUGAUGAUUUUGCCAGGACUUGCAACACUAGCACCCUCCCCAUCAAAUUUUAAGUUCUUAGAGGAAUGCAAAUCAAGGCUUCAUGCCGGGUGUGGAAAAGAAAUAGUCGUUACAAUAAUUAAGGAAUGGUCCAUUAGUGACAGUUGUUGCAUGGAGCUUGUAUCAAUUGGUCAAUCAUGCCAUUUUGCAUUAGUGAGCAAAGCCCUUUCGGGCCCUCUUUCCAAAUUAAACAAGUCGGAAGCCUUGACCAAGAGUGCAGAAAUUUGGAAUCAAUGUUUUGAGUUCUCACAAUUUCUAUCUCCUGGAACUUCUCCUUCUUCAAAAGAAUAA